UGAUGAAGGGCGGGUGGAGCAGAGCUCGGCUUGAGCCCUCCCGGCUCCCAUCGCUGCGCUCCGCCCCGCUCCGCCCCAGCGGCACCGGCGGAGGGCAGCGGCGGCGGAGGCGGCGGCGGCCAUGGCUGAUUAUUGGAAAUCUCAGCCAAAAAAGUUCUGCGAUUACUGCAAGUGCUGGAUAGCAGACAACAGACCUAGCAUAGAGUUUCAUGAAAGAGGAAAGAAUCAUAAAGAAAAUGUGGCAAAAAGAAUUAGUGAGAUUAAAAAGAAAAGCUUGGAGAAAGCAAAAGAAGAAGAAAACAUGUCAAAAGAAUUUGCAGCAAUGGAGGAGGCUGCAAUGAAAGCAUAUCAAGAGGAUUUGAAAAGGCUUGGAAUCAAGCCAGAUGAGGUAGGUCCCAGUUCAGCACUGAGUAAAACACAGAGUAGCACAACAGAAGAUAAAGGAAAGAAGGAAAAGAAGGAAAAGAAAGAAAAGAAGGAAAAAAAGGAAAAGAAAAAAAAGACAUCUCCGGGUGCCUCAGAGCCACCGAAAGUUGAAACAAAGGAGUGGGUGCAAGGACUUUCUCCUGAAGGCUACACUUAUUACUACAAUACAAAAACAGGAGAAUCACAGUGGGAAAAACCUAAAGGAUUCCAAGGCAACUCUAAAAAUUCACAAACGGGAGCAGUGUGGGUAGAAGGUGUCACUGAAGAUGGUCAUACCUAUUACUAUAACACACAAACAGGAGUAUCCACGUGGGAGAAACCUGAUGGUUUUGUUUCAUCUUCAAAUGACAACAGUCAGCGCGGCAAGCAUUCUGAGGAGCGUGCAGAAGCAGGUUCCAAAGCAUCUGAAUCGGACUCCGAUCAGGAAGACAGUGAAAGUGAAGCACAAAGUCCAGGAAAAAAAUCCAAGAGGAAAGGAGAUAAUGAUGAAGAAUCAGAGGAAGGGAAGUCUCCCAAGGCUAAAAAGUUAAGCACUUAUGGGACAUGGCGGGAAGUUAAUCUGGAAGAAGAGAGAACAUCAGCUUCCAGAGAUUAUUCCAGUGACACGUCUAAGACCAACCCUUACGGCAAAUGGAAAGCAAUUAAAAAUGAAGAAGAAGAAGAAGAAGAAGAAGAAUCAGGUGAAAAAGUGGACCUGGAGCUUCCUAGUACAGAGGGUGACAAUAUGCCAGCUCCAGUGCUGGAGGUUCCAGAAGAUGCCCAGGUGAUAUUCACAGAGAAGACCGUUACCUCCCUUGGAGACCUGACGGAAGGGGUGCCCACAUUUAAAAAGAGGAAAUUUGAAAAUGGAAAGUCCAGAAACUUAAGACAAAGACUAAGUGAUCAGUAACAAAUCAUUUUAGAUUCCAUUUAGGCUGGAGAGAAUCAAAAGUUUAAUAUUUUAAACAGGCUUUUAUAAAGAAAAUGUUGGAUAGAAAAUAAGGAUUUAUAGGUAUUAAAACAUACGUGAGUUGUACUAUUUUUUAUUUUAUUUUGAUGUGAGUGCAUUUGGAAUGGAAGUUUGUGUUAUAUUACUUAUGCAAUAUUGUAAAUAGUUUCAAUUUUUGUUUUAACCAUGCCAUCUAAGUUCAAUUUGCUCUGUGUAUGCUGUUUUAAAUACAUUUUGUCAGGUUUUUUACCCCUUUUCUAAGGAUGGGACAAUGUGCUAAUGCUUAAUCUAAAACAAUGAUACAGACCUUUUAUUUUUACACAAGAACUGGAUCAGUGGCAUGUACUAGAGAGUAAAAUCAUCCCCCAAGAUAAUCUAUGUGGAGUAGUUUCCUAACUAAUGAGUAAAAGUACUGUGCUUACUAACCUUUAAUUAAUUGCUUGCAAAAUACCAGGCGAUGGGAGUUCCAACAUUUCAAGUAGAUGAACUGAAAGCUGUUUUUAGGGGAGUUAGUCACACCAGUGCCUCUCAUUCCCAAUGGUAAUCUAAAAUAAAUUAAUUGUGUACGUGCAUGAUAAAUUUGUUAGAGCUCUGCAGAAGAUUUAAGCCUGGUGAGUCUGAUGUUUACUAACAGCUCUAGAGCCACCUCUGUCACAGUAGAUUUUUCUGUGUUUUCUGUGCUUUCUUCCUCAUGUAUUUUGCUUUAUUGUUGUUUUUUCUAGAAUUUUGCUUUCUUCUUACACAUCUGGUUUUCUUUUUUUUUGAUCUUGUUUCCUUUUUGUCUCUUUCCUGGUAAAAAGCAAUCACAUGAUAUUGUCAUGAGAAAAUAUUACAAAGAUCUAGCCCUGCUACAGCAUACGGCAUCCUUUUGAGACUGGUGGUUCUCCUCUGUUGGUGAGAGGAACGCGCUGAGUAGUUGCAGGCAGCGCUACGUAGGCUGAGAGGGGCUAAGCAUGUUAAGCUUCAUCAUUCCCAGUGCUACAGGAGGGGAAAACAAAAGACUACUAAGUGGAGCUGAUGGCUGAACUGCCCAAGCUGGCUGCUCGGGCUAUUAGAAGUUGGCAACAUAAAUGCCUAGGCAUUUUUUUAAGGAUUUUAAGUUUGACUUCUUAAUCCGAUGGGAUUUGUUUCCAUUUAGCAUCCUCAAGAUUCAAUGGCUGCAUUAGAAGGCAGCUCUGCUUCCCUGCUUCUCUAGGUAUCAAAAAGAGAGCCAUAAAGGCUGAAAUCAAGAAAGCAUUGAAAAACAUGCCUCCCUUUCUAAAGCCUACAGUGUUUUGCUCAGGAGAGUCUCAGUCAAAAACAGGGAGUGGAGUUAAGGUAGCUGUCAGAGUCCAGCAGAAUACAGUUGGUAACUGCUGAGCUUGAACUUCUUGGAGAAAAGACCUAAUCUGUCAGACCAGCUGGCAAAGGAGUGGGAAUCUGGUCUAUCGUGCAUCACAAGGGAGGCUGAGGUCCUUUUUUUUUUUCUCUCUCUCUAUUGUGUGACAUUUGUUGUGUGUGUAGAAGAGUUUUGGGGUAUCAAUUUUAAUCAUAUGUGUUUGUUUGUCAGGGUUGUAUUUCUUCUGAUGUUUGUUUUGAGACAUUUGAACAUUUUCUGUCAUGUCUAGCUCUGCGUAUUAAUUUGAAGAUACAGGUGACUACUGGAUGCUCUCAGAGUCCAGGAGAUGCAGAAAUAAGUACAUUUACUCCAGACGAAAGACCUCACAUGCAAGGCUAGAACAGAAAUUCCCUUUCUACCAUGGAGAGGUUGACAGGUUUCUUUUUCAUAAUCACAUGAAGCACUUUCUUAAAAACCGUGCUCUACCAGCAGUUCUCUUCCUCCAUUCCAGUCUGAGGUUGCCUAAACUGUAGGUUAAGGCAGAUGAAGACCGUGUGUGAUGCCACUCAUACGUCCUUAGCGUAUUGUAAAAAAAUCUCGAUACAUCCCUAGGCCACAUUUGCCUUUUUUACAUGACUGCAUCGUGCUGUCUGCUGCAGGUGCCUGCUGUGCUCUGCCAGUACAACCAGCUCUUUCUGCUCCUCGGCCACUGCCAACUGCUGAGUUAGCAGCUGAUCAUUCUUUCCUUUCAAGAAACUGUUUUCUUAUGAUUUCGUUUUGCCCUGCUGUGCUCAUCCUCCUCCUGUUACUCCUGAAGUAUAUUUAUUUCUUUCUGAUGUAUCUGCAAAAUGAUUUCAUUACUUACUAGUGCUCUUUUUCUAAGGACUCCGCUUUUAAUAUCCUCUCAAGAGGACGUCUUCCCAUGCUUAGUGAAGUUCCCAAAACGUUGUCAUUUUCUCUUUAAAAUAUUUUGUAAUAUUGAAAUCCUCAUAGGCAGUGAUUCAAGAUACCUGUAACUAAAUUGCUUAAGCGGAUGUUAAAAGACAUCUGAAAGGAGAAGUGUUCCAGGCUUGUUUCCUUGUGGAGCUACUGUUAGUAGUAACGUGAACCAAAGGUCUUUGCAAAGUACUGACUUUCAUAGACAAACCAAAGCAAGUGUUCACCUUAGGGGAAAAAAUGAAAUGUUUUCUUUGUUUGCCACGAGUCAAGCUGGGUUCAGUAACAUACUCUUGCUUUUGCUGAUGCGACUUCUCAAGGCAGGAUUUCACCAGAAGUGCAGCUCUUCUCUCCCCACUGCCUCUGCGGACCAGUUUGGAGAGACCAGUUUGUUGCUGGCCCUCAAGUGUAAUAAGAGCCAGUUGAAACAAACGUGAUACUUAGAAAGUUGCCCUUUAAUUUUGCACUGUGCUGUCAUUUGAUAUCCUUACUGUGUGUUUAAAGCAAACGUUUUCUCUUGUGUACAAAAAUGCAGUCUUGUAUGAGAAUUAAGGCAGACCCGGUGUUCCAGGACAUCUGUUCUGCAGAGAUAGCUCUCCCUUCUGCCCUAUCUCCCUGCCAAAUCUUCUGCUCUGGAAUUUGCCAUAGGAAUCCUCCAGGUAUUACCAUAGUUACGCUCCUCAUCUGCUAAUCCUUCCUUGGGCUGCACCGCCUCUUUGCCAAGGAAUGUUCCUCUUACUGGUUCGGAAGAGCAGUGUUUUGUUUUCAGCAGUUUGAGCAAGUCACUUCACGACAUUGUGUCCUUGUUUUCUUGCAUCACCUUUCACCUGCCUCGUCUGUUUGGAGGGAGAGCUUCACGGCCUGUCUCCGGUGUGUGCAUUUUGACAGUGGGGCCCGCCUGGAGUUGGCGAUGCUUUCAGAAGCUCGUAUGUUGCAUCGAUUAACAGGGAGGAUGGUUUUGCUUGGCGUGGAAUUCAGUGUGACGGGAGCUGCGCAGGGAGCACCUGCUCAGUUCAGCCCAGGUUAUGGAAUAAUCUCUGUUCCGAUUUAGGCCAGGCCAAGUUUUAACCCUGCACCUGGGAAUUUGUAGAAUGAAAUCCAGACUUUCCCAGUAGAGUAAAUGUUUGUUGUUGCUUGACCCGCGUAGACUCGGGCUGUGCUGCUGCACCAUUCAAACCAAAUAUAUUCAGAUUGAGAGGAUGGGAGGAGUAGCCCUGGUGGGGAUCUGAGUUAAAUUCACUACCUGUGCAGCUAUAGAAAUGUUUCUCCUUCCCCCCCCCCCCCCCCCCCAAAAUAAUGUAUUUCCAGUGCAUACGUUGGCACCUCAGAAGGGGAGUAAAAAACCAUUAAAUGCUGCCUGCCUUCCUUGGUUUGCUUUUUUGAGUCGUGCCUCCCCCUCCUUGUACUUUUUUAUUAUUACUGGUGUCUUCCGCAAGCUGUCUUCCUCCAGUAGUCCUAUAUUUGCAAAUCUCCGUCUCACCGCUGUGCCGUGCUCUUAGCAUACACCUUCCCCUCGUCCCUGCUGGGCUCUCCAGAAGGUUUGGUCUUCUCCUGUGUAGGCCGCCGUGUCUCCACCUCCCAGCUUCAGCGGCGUGCUGCCUCCACCUGCUCGCCUCAUGCCCUGGAGAAGCACAGCCACAGCUGUUUUGUCUCUUUGUGUUCUUCUGUUUUUUUUUCUGUGGAGUUUGUUUUCCCGAAACAGAUUUCAUUCCAUUCCUCACAGAGGGCUCGCAGCCCUUCACUCCUUGCACUUGCUGCUUCAAAAGCUGUCCGUGUCCCUUCGGCUGUCUGCUGCUGCAGUCCUUCGGUUGCUGUGUCAGCCCCAUCUUUUCGGUCUCUUGCAUCUGCCUCUCGGGUCCUCUUACCUUCUACCUGCUCCUCAACGUAGGGAUUGUGUUAGCCGCUUGUGUGGUUAAUAAGUCCAGCUUUGUGAAAUGUUUUGGGAUAUAGCUCGAACAAAAGUUUCUGUGCAAAAAGUAAAUAAAAACAUUGCAAAUUAUCUGCAAGAGGCUAAAUUUGCCCAAGAGGAUUCCAGGAGAACGUCAGCAGACACAGGUUUGAUUUUGACCUGUGCAUGUAGAAACAGGCUGCGUGAAAAACCAGCGGGCAGCGCUACGCAGACCCCGUGCUAAAGACCGGAUUUCGAUCCUUGCUUUACCGAAGGUGCAGUGUGGAAGGAACCGUGGAGUUGUUCGAAAGCAUUUGUUUUACUUUGUAAGUGUUGUCUGCAAAAUCGAACAGCUGUCUUCCCAAACAACUUCUCAGUCACAAAGACAGAAUGUUGCGAGCUCUUGAAGUGGAGUUGAUAAAAAAUACCAAAUAAAGCUUUCAUUUGAAUGAUC